GCUAUCUCUCACAACUAAGUAGUACUCAGUUUCGUUGAAAUAGUUUGACUGUAGAGUUUAUGUAGCUAUGGCUGAAAAGAUUGAAAUAGAGAAAGCCUCCAGUUCUUCACAGAACCUGGUAUGUCCGCUAUGUCUUGAUAUUUUUUAUGAACCAACGAUCCUGACGUGCGGACACACUUUCUGUCGAAAGUGUCUCAAGAAAUAUGAUCUGACCCACCAGGACAUUGACCACAUGGUCUGUCCUCUCUGUAGGGAGAUCACCAAGUUGUCUUCCAACCGAGUCGACGAUCUCCAACUCAAUGUCUCCAUUAACGGAUUCGUAGACGAUUACCACGCCAAGUGUGGAGGGAUGAAUUCUGUUCUUGAAAUGAACCAUAAAUGCACAGCUUGCAAGUUUCAGCAAGACGCUGUCUCCUUCUGCAGAACAUGUAAUAACUACAUAUGUGAUAAAUGUUUACAAUCUCACCAGUGUAUGACAAUGUUUGAAGAUCACGAGAUUGUCUCCAUGGAGGAUGUCAUCGAAGGGAAGGUCAGCAUUGGUCAUCAAUUUGAGAAAUGCUCCAUCCACAAACAAGAGAACAAAGAUAUGUUUUGUGAUGAUUGUAAGGUCAGUGUCUGUCUCAGGUGCGUGGUCGUUGGUCACAAGGUCCAUAACAUCAAGAACCAGUCGGACUUCGAGCAGGAGUUGAGGCGAAAGGUGACAGACCUUGCCCAGCAAUGUGCAGCUAAGAAAGCAGAACUGGAGAAGAACAUUCAGAAUAUAGAAUUACAACGUCAUGAGGUACACACUGCCAUGCAGAAACUACUAGAUGAUGUCAGCCAGGCUUACAGCAUCAAGGUCAAAGAGCUGGAAGGAAAUCUUCAAGAUCUCAUCGAGCAAAUAAAUGAACUAAAGCGAAGUUUCGAGGAUGAUCUCAACAUCCUAAAGUCCAAGGAACGACAGAGGAUCAAAAGCAUUUGUAGUUCGGUUACAUUGGUAGAUAAUGACAGACUGGGUCAUCUUGAGACAGAUAGUCUGUCCGCUCAUAAUUUGCUUUGUAAUGAGCUAGAAGCUAUGCUGAAAGAGGUUACCGAUCGCACUACUGCGGAAGUUAUUACAAAGAAAGCACAGGAGAAGAGUUUUAAUCCUGGAGAUAAAUCUUGUCUUGACCUCGGGCGCAUUUCAGGAUCAGAUCCCAAGUUAGAAACCAUGAAGUGUAUAGAUCUACGAGAGCGGAUGGUUGGAAUGACAGCUUACACUCGUACCAGUGUGGCCAUCGUAUAUGGGAAUAAUGCACGAGGUAUUGAUAUCAUUGAUACUGCUGGUGGAACGGAGCAGUAUACAAACAUACCACAUAACGUGCAUGGUUAUGUCGGUAUUGUGAUUCAGCGAGACGGUGUAUUAUGUGUCUCAACUGGUUGUACAGAAGCACACAUGUAUUCUACCAAUGGCUCCAGGAAAGCAACAAUCGAAGUGAAUGUGGCUUGUUUUUAUAUCACACUGAACAGAAGUCCAUCAAAUGAGAUCAUCAUUGCUAACGGUGCCAACAAAGUCUACAUCUAUGACCCGACUGGAUCCACUCUCAAACACACUGUUCCAACAAAGCACAAGACAUGGCAGGUAUCAUCCACCAGGUCUGGUUUGAUCAUCACCAGUUCUUGUCAUCUCACCAAUCCAAGCGUGGUGACGGUCUAUGACAGGGAUGGGAAUGCUGGUGAGUCUCUGCAAGCUCCAAAGGAUGUCAACCUGUAUGCUACCGUGGAUGAGCAGGACAGGGUGUAUGUAGCGAGUGUUGAUUAUAAGAAUAAGAAGGUGGUGAUCAGGCUCUAUGAUCUUGAUGGUCUGAACCUGAAGGAAAGAGUUGAGUUUAAUGCACUUGACAUGACAUUGGGUGAUAAUUGGUGUUACUUGGUGUCCCUCUCUCCGGACCUACUCGCCUUUGCUUGUAUGAAGAAGUUAUAUUUCAUCAAGGUAUCGCUGUAAUAAAGAGUAUACAUGAACUAUUGACUUUUAUGAGAUUAUUUAUAGUGUAUCUGAAAUGAGAAUCCAAUAUGUUUGUAAACACCUUUCUGAAUUUGUUUACAUUUUGUGGUGUGUAUAUACACAUAAAUCUUAACACGAAUCGAAGAACGUUCAUACACAUAAAAUAAUUUAAUGAAUGUAACUCGAGUAUCAAAAGACCAUUAUUUUUAAUUAUUUCGUGAAUCUGAAUUAACCACACAGUAAAAAAAAAACACGUUGUUUAAGCCUGUCACUCUAAUAACAAGUUGUUUCACUUUCUUUGUAAUUGUUUAAACAUUUAAAAAAACUAGUUUUUAAGUUGUUUUUUAAAAUAAACAGAUGUUUAAAGGGUUUAACAGUAGUCGUUAGAGUGUCGGGCUUAAACAACGUGCUUGAAAUCGUAAAUAGCGUUUUUACAGUGUAUUGCUGGUGUUGUCAUUCAACUCGUGUAAUUAACAUGAUUAAGCCAGCGUUUAAUAUUUUGGGGUCUCUGUUAUAGAGAAUUCGAUGAAAGGCUAAUGUAUUAAACGAACUUUAUAUUUUGUGAGUUAUAAGAUUUGCUUUUGGAAAUUGUGUACAAUCGAUUUGCUGUUUUGUUGCAAGCCAGUCUAUAUUAUUUGUGGAUAUACGUAAAUAUGAUCUCGAAAUUUUAGAUUUUUUCUGUCCAGUGUUAUGAUGUGAAAAUUAAAGGCCUAAUAAUUACGGAUAUCAGCUGAAUUCUUUCCUAUUCGACGAUAAACCCAUUAAUCUGAAUAGGCCUUAAGUUCUUCUUGUGUGGAAUGUAUAGUCCCCACAAACCACUUGAUUUAUUAAUAUUUUCAUUUUAUGAAAUGUCCAUAAUUACAGGAAUAUUAAUUUUGUAUCAAAACACCUCGCUGAAUGAUUAAUGUUUAUAAUCAGUCACUACAAAUACAAACUACGAUAUUAAAAUAUUUCAAUUUCACGAGGGCAUCCAUAGACAUGUUUUUAUAUCAAAGAACUUGUUAUUCUUUUUUUUUACUAGAAAUUUUUUGCC